CUAACGGCAGGCUCUCAUCGCGGUGCUUGUGCCCCGCGAGCCCCGGGUUCCCCGUUGCUGCAUAGGGCCUAGGAGGUAGCACCUCGUCACGCAACAGGUCUUGGCCGACCUGAAGCAGAAUCCGACGCAAUACUCAGAUUGACCCCGACCCCAACCUGAUCUCCCUCUUUCUCCAGCAAACACGCACAGCAACAUCAAGUGCCCUGCACCAUGGCCAUAGCCGGUCUAUCCGACGCAGGCGCGACGGCCGAGCGCGCCGUCGGGAUGCCGUUGCGCCAGGUCCUGUCCAGCCUGCAUUACGCCUAUCCGACCGCUGUGUUUGCCUACUACGUCCUCACCUCCACAAUCGCCGUCUGCACCUUGCAGACCAAGUCCGCAGAUCGAGCCCACCCGCGUCGGCGCGCCAUCACGUGGCUCCUCACGCUUGUCAUUGUCACCUACUUCGCCCAGCUCCUUGUCCUGGGCAUCCAGGGCCUUGUACGUCACAUAUUCCCACUCGCCGAGCAGGAUACCGUGAUCGGCCUGAUGUCGAGCGCCCUGGUCUUUGGCGUUGUGCUUGCUGGGCUCUCUGACACGGCCAAUCCGGUGUGGUAUCCGUACAUGGGCUGCUUCGGCGUGGCCCUCGUCUUGGAGCCGGUCGUUGCGUCCCUGUCGUUCAUGGUCCGCCCCAACGAGCCGCUCGAUGUAGUCGGCUUCUUCGACAUUUCGCUCGUCGCCACGAGAUAUCUCGCCGUCAUCCUGGCAUUGGCCUGCUACUUCGAAGGGAACCGCAGCUCGCGGCUGGAGAAGGGCACCGAUUCCGAGCGACAAAGCCUGCUCAAGGCCAACGGCAAUGGCCAUAGUCAUGCCAGCCACGACUCUGACUCGGAUGAUCAGUCCGCUGCCACGCAGCAGGACGGCUACGGAGGGACCUCGGAUGCCUCAACGGACAGCAACCAGUCUUCCGAUACCGACGACGACGAGAACCCCUACGAGAGGCGCCAACGCCAAGCCAGCGAGAAGAUGGAAAAGAGGCUCAAGGAGAAGGGGAAUUGGCUCACAUAUGCCAAGAGCUUUCUGGUUUUCUUCCCCUACAUAUGGCCGGUAAACAACCGCUCGCUCCAGCUCCGUGUCGUUUUGGUGGGCUUCUGUCUACUUGCCAUGAACUUCCUCAACGUCCUCAUCCCGCGGCAGAUGGGCAUCAUCAUGGACAGCCUGUCGGGUACCAACCACAGAAACCCCUGGACCGAGGUUCUCAUCUUCGCCGGUCUCAAGCUGGUGGCCUCGGAGGCUGGCCUCUCGCUCUUGCGCCAGUGGCUGUGGAUCCCGGUCGAGUUCUACUCUUUCGAUGCCAUAAGCACUGCCGCCUAUUCCCAUGUUCUCAACCUCUCGUCCGACUUUCACGAUUCCAAGAGCUCCUCCGACAUCAUGAUGGCGAUAUCGUGCGGUCAGAGCAUCUCCAACAUCCUCGAGUCCAUCUGCUUCCGCGCCGUGCCGAUGCUCAUCGACAUGGUCGUUGCCUUCCUGUAUCUGUCUGCGACUCUAGGGCCGUACGAGGGCUUCAUCACAAUCGCUACCGCCGCGGUCUUCAUGUACAUUGCCACCCGCAUGAUUGCGGCGCUCAAGACGGCUCGCCGGAACGAGGUUGGCUCGUGGUACAGGGAGCACUACGUCCGCCAGGCGGGCAUCCAGGGCUGGUCGACGGUCGCGAGCUUCAACCAGAUCGGGCACGAAGAGGCCCGCUAUUCGGUGGCGGUCAAGGAUCGCGUCGACAAGACGCAGAAGGUCUACUUUGGCUACGUUCUCGCCUACGCCUUUCAGUUCUUAGUGCUGCUCUGCGGCCUGAUCGCCGGUGCCUUCCUGGUCGUGUACCAGGUCACGCACGGCCAGGCCACUGCUGGCGACUUCAUCAUGCUCCUGACGUAUUGGGGCCAGCUUGUUGCGCCGCUCACAUUCUUUGCCAGUCUAGGCAAGAGCAUCUCGAGGGAUCUCCUCCAAGCCGAGCAGCUUCUGGAAAUCAUGCAGACCAAGCCAAGCGUUCUCAACAAGGAGGGCGCACCUCCCCUGCGAUUCAAGGGCGGCGAAGUGCGUUUCGACCACGUUUACUUCUCGUACGACAAGAAGAAAGAGAUCUUGAAGGACAUCCAGUUCACCGCGAAGCCCGGCAUGACGGUGGCCUUUGUGGGCGCUACCGGAGCCGGCAAGUCCACCAUCCUGAAGCUUUUGGACCGGUUCUACGACGUCACACAAGGCUCCAUCGAGAUUGAUGGCCAGGAUAUCCGGGAUGUUGAUCUCUACAGUCUUCGCGCGCAGAUUGGAGUUGUGCCGCAGGCCCCGGUUCUCUUUGACGACACCAUCAUGAACAACGUCCGGUACGCCAAGCUCACUGCGACUGACGAGGAAGUAUACGAGGCUUGCAAAGCUGCCAGCAUUCACGACCAAAUCUUGACCUUCUCUGACGGAUACCAAACGAGGGUCGGAGAACGUGGCGUGAAACUGUCAGGGGGCGAGUUGCAGCGUGUGGCGAUUGCUCGCGCCAUCCUGAAGCGGCCUUCGAUUGUCUUGCUCGAUGAGGCCACCAGUGCGGUGGACACGGAGACCGAACAGAAGAUCCAGGAGGCUUUGCGCAGGCUCUGCGAGGGCCGAACAACGUUUAUUGUCGCACACCGCUUGUCCACCAUCAUGAACGCCGAUCGCAUCAUCGUCGUCACCGGAGGCGAGAUCGUCGAGCAAGGCAGCCACGAGGACCUGAUCCGGGCAGACGGAAAGUACGCAGAGCUGUGGUCCAAGCAGAUCUUUGUCAAGCCCAAGGACAAGGAGCCGCGCGAGGAUAAUAAUAAGCAUGCCGGCAAGGGGCGAAAAGCCCUCAGCAUCGUGAACGACCUGACUGCCGAGGCGACCAGCUCAGAGCUCGCCAAGGUCAAAUCCCCCCCGACGUUGAACGGCCAAGCCAAUGCCCAGGCAAACGGCCAGGCCAAGGACUCCAACAGCACCGCGGAAGCCAACGGCAAGCCAAACGCCCAGCCCAAUACCCCGGCCCACAAGAAAGAGGUAUGAGCGGUAGAAACCCGUCCAAAGCAUGCAUGUGUAUUAUUAUCCACGAUAUCACAUACAUACUCUGGCCGUGCGUUUCUACCCAGCCCGCCGCCGUCUAAUACAACCCCCUUCCGGCAGGCCUCGCAGCUCAACCCCGGCGCACCGGCAUUCACACCCCGCUCUGCCGCCAUCGCUGCCGCCGCCGCCGCCGACACCA